GUGUUUUUCUGUCUAACCAUGGACUCAAAGGUUCAUAUAGAAAUUGUCGGCUUAAUUAAAGACCGUAAUUUCCAUGUUGCCAAAAGUAUUGCUGAGGGACUAAAGCAGAAGUUUCCUGAGGCUUUUUUGGACCCAAAAAUUCAACCUCUACUUGAAUUUGACUGGCACACGUAUAUAUGCAACAAGAAGAGGGAGCUGCGUGGUGAAGUGUGGCAGUACUCCAGUAACCUGAUGUGUUUUCUGAACGGCCUUCUCCUCGGUAACGAGAAGGAUUUUGCCAGCUGGGCAAAGAAUCAGUGGGGUUUCACUUUCACUCGGCCACAGGCUUUCUAUAUGGCUCUCACUGAGGACUACUACACCAAACAUCUCCAGAAAACUGGGGCAAGUCAUAUACAUAAUACGCAUCGGUUUGUCUUCAUGGAUAUUGAGAUAGCAGGAGAAGCAGUGGGGAGGUUGCUGUUUGAGCUUUUCUCAGAUGUUUGUCCAAAGACAUCAAAGAACUUUGAGGCUCUGUGCACAGGAGAGCAAGGACUGUCGCAGAGCGGCUUCCUGCUCUGCUAUAAGGGCUCUCUGUUUCAUCGGGUAGUGCCCAACGGCUGGGUGCAAGGUGGAGAUAUUUCUCCAGAAAGGAAAGGCAAUGGAGGCGAAUCGGUCUUUGGACCAACUUUUGAAGAUGAGAGUUUUGCUGUUUCCCACUCAAAGCGAGGCACUCUUGGAAUGGCCAAUAAGGGUCCCCACAGCAAUGGAUCCCAGUUUUACAUCACCCUGCAGCCAACACUCUGGAUGGAUAGGACCUAUGUUGCCUUUGGACAAGUGGUUGAAGGUGUUGAUGUCCUCAAGAGAUUGGAGGAGGCCCCGACUUGCAAUGAAAGACCCAAGUAUGACUGUAAAGUUACAGAUUGUGGAGUAUUGAAGCUAUAACUGUUAAACAUACAUUAUUAAAUGUUUUUCAGUGUUUCUGAUGUAGUAAAAUAAACAGUCUUUCACGCCAACAACUACAUUUGAAUAUGAAUUUAAGAGAGAGAAGGAGCAAGUAGUUCCUGAAAGUUCAUGGCUCAAUACAAUCCUAUCUGACCAAACUGUAACACAUGGAUUGUCCCACCAUGAUUGCCAUGACAAAAGAACAUAUAGGGUCACAUUACUAGUAGUUUGUUAUCAAAAAUGCCAACAGAAAAAAUCCCACUCAUAAUUAGGCUAGUCUAUGCACCAGCACAAACCAAAAUCUAAUCAGAUUAUCUACUCCAUAUGGGGUAUCAGUGUUGUAAGCAUGAAGUUUCUACUUAUUCCAGUACUUUUUUCUUGCAUACUCUCUCAAGUAAGUUUGAACUUGUUACCUUAAAGUGUUAAGGAAUUAUAGUAAUUUUCUGGGAAGUAUGCAAAUAUAUGCAGAGUGGU